AUGCCUAGUGGUCGCACUGUUCUGUUGUUGCGGAGGCUGUCGACGGGUGAUAACAAAUUGAAAACUAUUACUAUAAAUCAAAACACUACCAAGGAACCGCUGUUAGCGAACCCGGUGUACAUACAUAGGGAUUUGAGUUUAUCAAAAAGAUUAUCAACAUUUGGACCUAAUAAUAUUGGUGUUCCACAACUAACAAGGUUCCUCAGUGACAACAAAAUCAUAAUGGCUUCCUCUAAUACUGACACUGCUAAACAGGAGAAACCUAAACACACUAACCGUUUGAUAACAGAAAAAUCACCAUACUUGUUACAACAUGCCCACAAUCCCGUAGAGUGGUAUCCGUGGAGCCAAGAAGCCAUCGACAAGGCUAAAGAAGAAAACAAACUCAUUUUUUUAUCAGUUGGAUACUCUACUUGCCAUUGGUGUCAUGUAAUGGAGAAAGAAUCUUUUGAGAGUGAAGAUGUGGCUAAAGUCAUGAAUGAACACUUCAUUAACAUCAAAGUGGAUCGCGAAGAACGACCUGACAUAGAUCGUGUGUAUAUGUUGUUCAUCAUGGCAACAUCUGGUGGUGGUGGCUGGCCAAUGUCUGUUUUUCUUACUCCAGACCUACGCCCUGUCACAGGGGGUACUUAUUUUCCUCCUGAAGACCGGUGGGGAAGGCCAGGCUUUAAAACUAUUCUACUAUCAUUAGCAAAGAAGUGGAAAAAUGAACAACAGCAAUUUUUGGAAGCUAGCAGCAAUAUCAUCCAAGCCCUUCAGAAAAUAUCAAUAUUAGAUUCAGGCUCAUCUAAUUCAGUACCCAGUGAAACUGCUUGGGAGUUAUGUGUUUCCCGAUACAAAAAUCUCUAUGAACCCGAAUUCGGUGGAUUCGGAUCAGCACCCAAAUUCCCACAAGCUUCUAUUUUUAAUUUUCUUUUUCACUAUUAUGCUCGUGAUAAGAAUCACACUGAAGGGAAAAAGUGCUUGGAAAUGUGUCUUCAUACAUUAGAGAAGAUUGCCAAAGGCGGCAUUCACGACCACGUCUCCAGUGGUUUUGCGCGGUACUCUGUUGACAAUGACUGGCAUGUACCACACUUCGAAAAAAUGCUUUACGAUCAGGCACAGCUAAUAGUUGCUUAUGCGGAUGGCUUUCUCGCAACAAAAGACAAAUUUUACGCUGACGUAGUUCGAGACAUUGCAAAAUAUGUCAAAAGAGACCUUCGGCAUGAAUCGGGCGGUUUCUACAGCGCCGAGGACGCCGAUUCGUAUCCACAGUUUGGCGCAUCUCAUAAAAAAGAAGGAGCUUUUUGCACUUGGGAAUAUAAAGAACUUAAAUCUCUUUUGAAGACAAAGGUGACGGAUGAUAUUACGUACUUAGAUGUUUUCUGUGACUAUUACAGUAUUGAGGCAGAUGGCAAUAUUUCUCCUGAAAGUGAUCCUCAUGGAGAACUUGUGAACCAAAACGUUUUGAUUAUAUAUGGUAGUAAAGAGGAGACAGCUGAAAAGUUUGGUUUAUCGUUAGAACAACUCGACCAAAUAAUAUCGGAGUGUAUUAACAUAUUAUAUGAGGCCAGACAAAAACGACCACGUCCACAUUUGGACACGAAAAUGUUAUGUUCUUGGAAUGGUUUGAUGAUUGCUGGCUUAGCACAAGCUGGUCAAGCAUUAGAAGAGAAGGACUAUGUUGCAGAUGCUAUUAAAACCGCUGAGUUCAUAAAAAAAUAUUUAUAUAACAAUUCAACAAAGACAUUGAUACAUUCUUGUUAUCGAGCUGAAGACGGAUCUGUUGCUCAAAUAGACCAACCAAUUCAAGGUUUCCUUGAUGAUUAUGCUUUCUUAAUCAAAGGUCUAAUAAACCUUUACGAAGCCUCCCUGGACUACCGGUGGCUACAAUGGGCUCGGGACCUGCAACUGAAGCAGGAUGAAUUGUUCUGGGAUAGUGAGAAUGGCGGUUAUUUUAGUUGCUCAGCAGAUGACAGUAGCGUGGUGCUAAGAUUGAAAGAAGACCAGGACGGCGCCGAACCUUCAGGCAACAGUGUGUCUUGUCAUAACCUUCUUCGUCUAGCCGCUUACGCAGACAAGAGCUCUGCGCCAGAAGGUGGUGAAUCAGAGAGGGAGAUGGCCAAGAAAAUAUUGCAGACUUUCUCUAAGAGACUUACCACGUCGCCUACUUCGCUGCCAGAAAUGAUGUCUGCACUGAUGUUCUAUAAUGACUCUCCUACACAGGUGCUUAUCGCAGGAGGUUUUACAGACCCUCGUACUUUAGAGCUGGUACAUGUGGUACGAUCGCGGCUGUUGCCCGGCCGAGUGCUGUGCGUGGCGGACCCGACAGAAUCGCCCGCCGGUAUGUCAGAUAUACUAUUGAGCCGCAUCAGGUCCGUAGGAGAUGUUCCUACGGCAUAUGUAUGUCGCCGCUACGCCUGCUCGCUGCCCGUAACAGACGUUAAACAACUGGAGAACCUUCUCGACGAACCGACAACUGUAACAACCCCUUCCGCUAAGAAAUAA